CUCACGGCAGAAACAGAUCUGCAGCUUGUGCUUCUGCCGUUUGAAAGCACAUCAGCAAAGCACAUUCAUGAAAUGAACACCGCAGCGAUACAAGGCAAUAGCACGAAGAUUGAGGCGCUGCUGCGUCGACCCACACACCCGGAUGUGAGUGACAGUCUUGUGUCGACACCGCUUGUGCACGCGUCUCUCUGUGGGCAUUUGAAGGUUGUGGAGCUGUUGCUGGAGGCCCACGCCGCCAUAGACAAGGCUGAUGAAGACUUUUUCUCGCCUUUGGCUGCUGCAUGUUGUGAGAGUCACGAGGAGAUAGUCCGUGUGUUGCUCAAGGCCGGUGCUGACGAGGACAGGAUCAGCUACCGCGGAACGCCUCUUACUUGGGCAGCUUAUAAUUACGGCCAGGAAGAGGUGGUGCAGUUGCUGCUGGAUGCCCGUGCAGACAAAAACCGAUGCGAUGAGGAUGGGUACACGGCGCUGACCGCGGCAGUGUCCCAAGGUCACUUGGACGUGGCAUGUUUGUUGCUGGAUGCCCGC